GCUGUGCGCUCGCCGCUCCCGCUGCCAUCGCCGCCCGCCGCCCGCAAGGUCUCUGCCCCGCUGAUGGGUCCGGCCAGGAUGAGGCCGCUGCCGCCUUGGGGGCUUCUCCUGCUGGGCUUGCUGCUGCUGCUGCUGCCCGGCGCCGCGGGGAUGGAAGAGGCGCCGCCGGAGCACACAAGCGAGGGCUUCCAGAUCGUCACCUUCAAGUGGCAUCAUGUGCAGGCGCCCUACAUCAUCGUCCUGUGGAUUUUCGUCGCCAGCGUGGCCAAGAUUUUUUUCCACCUGUCCCAUAAAGUCACCAGUGUGGUUCCAGAAAGUGUCUUGCUCAUUGCGCUGGGCAUUAUCCUGGGAGGCAUUGUGUUUGCAGCAGAUCAUAUUGCCUCCUUCACCCUUACGCCAGACGUCUUUUUCUUCUACCUGCUGCCACCCAUCGUCUUAGAUGCAGGAUACUUCAUGCCAAACCGGCUCUUCUUUGGCAACCUGGGCACCAUCCUUCUAUAUGCUGUCAUCGGGACCAUCUGGAAUACUGUCACCACAGGCCUUUCGCUCUACGGGGUCUUUCUCACAGGAAUAAUGGGUGACCUUCAAACUGGUUGGUUGGAUUUCCUCUUGUUUGGUAGUCUAAUAGCUGCAGUGGAUCCUGUUGCCGUGUUGGCUGUAUUUGAAGAAGUCCAUGUCAAUGAAGUCCUCUUCAUCAUUGUCUUUGGAGAGUCAUUGCUUAAUGAUGCCGUAACUGUGGUGCUAUACAAUGUGUUUGAAUCAUUUGUUAAAAUAGGAACUGACAAUGUGGUUGCUACCGACUGGGUCUAUGGAGUGGUGUCUUUCUUUGUGGUGAGCAUUGGAGGUACUUUAGUCGGUGUUGUCUUUGCAUUCCUGCUCUCGCUUAUCACUCGUUUCACAAAGCACGUCAGAAUAAUUGAGCCCGGAUUCGUGUUUGUUGUCUCCUACUUGUCUUACUUGACAGCUGAGAUGCUGUCACUUUCUGCCAUCCUUGCUAUAACUUUCUGUGGCAUCUGCUGUCAGAAAUAUGUCAAGGCAAAUAUUUCAGAGCAGUCUUCUACCACUGUGAAAUACACCAUGAAGAUGUUGGCGAGUGGCGCAGAGACUAUUAUUUUCAUGUUCCUGGGAAUUUCAGCUGUUGAUCCUAACAUCUGGACUUGGAACACAGCCUUCAUACUCUUGACGCUGGUCUUCAUCUCUGUCUACAGAGUAAUUGGUGUAAUUCUGCAGACUUGGGUUCUAAACCACUACCGAAUGGUCCAGCUGGGAAUAAUAGAUCAAGUGGUCAUGUCGUACGGUGGACUCCGUGGUGCUGUUGCCUUUGCUUUGGUAGUAACCCUGAACAGUAAAGAUGUCGCAGAAAGAAACCUGUUUGUCAGCACAACAAUCAUUGUUGUGUUUUUUACUGUCAUAUUCCAGGGUUUGACAAUCAAGCCUUUGGUGCAGUGGUUGAAAGUGAAAAAAAGUGAGCAGCGAGAGCCCAAGUUGAACGAGAAGCUCCAUGGCAGGGCCUUUGACCACAUUCUUUCAGCUAUUGAAGAUAUAUCUGGUCAAAUAGGACAUAAUUACCUGAGAGACAAGUGGACUAAUUUCGACAGGCAAGUCCUCAGCAAAGUACUGAUGAGAAGGUCUGCUCAGAAAAGUAGAGACCGAAUUGUUAAAGUUUUCCGUGAGCUCAACUUGAAGGAUGCCAUUAGCUACGUGGCUGAGGGAGAGCGAAGAGGUUCUCUGGCAUUUAUCCGCUCAGCAAGUAUUGACAACACGGCCAAUGUGGACUUCAGCUUUAUUAAUCAAAUGAAUGGAGAGCCCUCUGUUUCCCAGUUGCUGAGAGAAACUGCCAGUUCUGUGUGUCUUGAUAUGCAAGCCCUGGAGCUGAGAAGAAAAAGCAUCCGAGAUGCAGAGGAUAUGUUCACCCACCACACUCUACAACAGUAUCUGUACAAGCCCAGGCAAGAGCACAAGCAUGUGUACAGCCGCCAUGAACUAUCCACCAACGAAGACGAUAAGCAAAACAAAGAGAUUUUCCACAGGACCAUGAGGAGGCGCCUGGAGUCGUUCAAGAGCACCAAACUAGGCAUGAGCCACCCUAAGAAGAACAAAAUUCACAAGAGAGACCGAGGCCAAAAAAGAAGAAAUAGCAAUGUCAUUCCAAAUGGAAAUCUCUCUUCAGAAGCCAUAAAGGAAAAAGAAAUUGAGUUUUCUGAACCAGAGGAGAAUGAUUAUGACAAUCUACAGACGGGGAGAGCAAUAGAAUUCCUUGCUAAUGUCACCAAGCAGAACUUCGCAGAUACAAGUGGCAUUGAUAAUCCAGUAUUUUCAGCUGAUAUCGAACAAAACUCCACCAUGAGGUUUUCGCCUUGGCUCUCCGGAGAAGAGAUGGUGGUGCCAUCCCAACGGGCCAGAGUGCAGAUACCUUAUUCUCCAAACAACUUCCAGCGGAUUGCUCCCAUUCGACUCAGCAAUAGAUCUGUAGAUUCCUUUUUGCAAGUAGAUGGUCCUGAGGAGCGGUCUCGAAGUUUCCUCCCAGAAUCAACACACAUGUGACCCAACCCUUGCUGUUAUGAUGUCAGGACAAUCUUCAGAUGAAAUGCUCCCUCCUUGGGAAUACGAACAAACAAAAUCGGAUUUUGUUAUCGGAGAAACGCCUCAGCUUGGGUCCAGUGUGCCUUAAGGGCCUUGGCGACGACACUACACACCUCUGGAAGGCAGGGACAUUUUAACCCUUGACUCCUUCUCGCCAGGAGUUACCUGGCCUCCGCUGGCAAGCAGUCUUGAAGGCAAGGGACAAUCAAGCGCAUUUUAAUACAAGUUACUAUACUGACACUAGGUUCGAACCAGUGAAUUCACAUUCACAAGCAGGAAUCUGAUUUUGGGAACACUCAAAAGAAGAAAUGGCCGCUUAAUGCACAAGCUCACACAGGUCCGCAGCAAGACGGGUUCAGAGUUCUCGUUUUCCCCACAGGCUGAAACCUGUGCAGCAUCCUAAACUUUAAAAGUUGGCAUCUUUUCACAUUCCCCACCCCGGGAGCAAGAGGAAACUCAACUGUGAUUCUUGACUUGAGUGAGGGGAACACAUGAGAAAGAAUGUGAAUUAUAUAGACUCUAUGUAUGUAUAUUUUUAAAAGAGAAUGUUUAAACGUGGCCAGAUUGAAAAACUGAACUCUGAGUUCAGCUGGCUAUGUUUCACGCUGAAGGAACUCAAGUUCAAACAUCAAGAUAAUAUACUGUACAGGUGGUGACCGUUUUGUGCGCAUCCGAUAGAUGUGCGACCGCCAACCCACACAUUGUUUUCGGCCUUGGGAGGGGGUGGAACAGGCUUACGUGUGACCGCUGAGACAUGCAAUCACCCAGAAUGCAACCCCCACACAACCUGUACUUCCUUAAAAAAAAAAAGUAUUUAUUUUAGGGAUUUGUGAUAUGAAGAUUUUCAAAAUGGAGCUGGCUUUAGGGCUGGUACCAGGCCAGGGCCAUCUAGGGCAGCGCAAGGGCAUCCAUACUGGAACCCAGACUCAGAAGGUGUGAUCUCCAGUUCAGGGAUCCACAGAUCAGUGGGCUGAAUUGGAAGCUGCACAUCGUCCUGCUCUGUUGACCAAGCAAAGGUCUAGGCCUGGCUCCUAGUGUCUGUACCAGGCCUGGCCAUCCCAAAGGCUUCAGUCUGCCUACCAAUGGGCUGGUGUUACCCUGUGCAGCUGCAAUGGGCUAUCGUGGCCCACAUUGGCCACACAGAGCAUCCAGACUGGAUGCUAAACUGCAUCCCAGCAGCAGACCCUGCAGUUCCUGGUUCAACCCCUGGAACUCUCAGCAGCUUUGCAUCUCCUUCCUAUGCCGUAUUUCCAAAAACACGCACUAAGGCUGCAAUCCCGUGCACACCUACUUGGGAGUAAGUCCCACUGAGCUCUGCUGGGCUUAUUUCUGAGUAAACAUGCACAGUAUUGCACUGUAAGGUGAUCUGCAGAAAAGUAUUCUGGGUGAAAUGGAGCAGUGCCUUUUUAUCAACUGUGAAAGAGAAAGGAGAUAUAUUUUCUUACUGUCAAAUGUUUUAAGUAGUGAAUAGCUAAUUGAACUAUGGGCUUUUAAUUCUCGUAUCUGUUUUCUACAAUCAAUAUUGCAGGGAAUUAAAUAAUGUUUUGUUUUAUAAACAGCCCCCUCCAAAGCUGAUGUAGAAUUUUAGUGCAGAGGAGCCUGAGUGGUCUCACCUUUUAAAAAAAAUAAUAAUAAAGUUGAUCCACAUGAUAUAAUCUUAUCAAGAAAAGUAGAUGAAAAGUAGACACAAGUUACAGAGUGAAUUUUAAAAAUCUAUAAUUAUUAUUAUUUUUUACACCAUUAGUUCCUCAAAUACUGUCGUCUUCUGUGUUUGACAGUUCUUUUUAAGUGCCAUGACCUCAGGUCACUUAAGCUUCAUAGUACUGUAAAUUGAUAAGUCUGAGGUGUGUGGGUGUGGGUGUGUGUGUUCAAAAGGAGAGCUUGAUUUUUAUCUUGAUACUAAAUAGAUUAUGAUUUAGGGCCAGCUAAAAGACUUACAGUGCAGUCCUAUACUAAAAAAAUGCCCCAUUGAGUUCAAUGGUGUUUUACUCCCAGGGAAAGUGAGAGUCUAAAAAACUGACAUGGGCCUACAGUGUUUAAUGGUUUCUCAAAAGUAAUGUAAAAAUUGGUGACUUUCACAAUUGCCAUUACUUCCCAAUAUUGUUUUACACUUGGCAGGAACACUGCAUUUUCUCAUUACGAAGAACAUUCUCCCUUUGUAAUGGAAUAGGCAGGUCAACCGCAUUUCAGAACAAGUCGUGAACAGAAGGAGCCAAAAUCUAGAAUGGCUUUCUGAGUCGUUGAUUCAAGUCAGACAUCACUUCCAAACCAUAGUAUGGAGCAGCUUUUCCAGUGUAAUUUUCUUUCUUCUCAGUACUCUAGUUUUUGCAUUUAGCGGCCUCUGGAAGUGAAUAAACUUGCUGCAACUACAGAACUGUCAAUCCAAACACCAUGGGCAACCUUAUUUAAACCAUGGUCUAUAAAUUCACUUCCAUCCAUGGUUUCUGAUUCUGGUUUGCUGGUAAACUUAAUCAAAUAUUGUACGAAGCAAAACCUCUUUAUAUCUGCAUGGUUAUGAAUGCCUUCAACAUCAAAUAUAGGACUCCUCUAAAACAAAUUUCUCUUCAGUGUACCUUUGUGAUUUUAAAUGCCUGAUUUUUCAGUUCAUACAUGCAUGCCCAUUUCUUGAUGGGUUGUAGUUGGACAUGUGUACUAACUCCAUUUAAAAGUGCAGUUUUUGAGGGGAAGUCACAUGGUGUUAUGAAAGUUGUUUCUCUGGUCUUUGAUAUUCCAGUUCUCUACUGGUGAACAUGUAUGCCCUUAGCCUCAUUUUUACUAAAGUGCCGGCAAAACUUUCCCUAGAGUCCAGCUUUGUGUGGAUAUAUCUUUCACAUAGAUAUUUGGUUUGACCUCAGUAGACUAAAUCACAGAUAUGUACUAGCAAAUGUCAUGUACAUUUCUGCAACCUUUCAGUUCUGUGUGCCUCUUGUUUUAAGGGACGCCCACCACAAAAAAAUUAUCUGUUAUUUCUCCCUGUGAAAAUUAGUUGCAAGAUGGUGUUGAAUCUAGAAGGCAUUUUUCAGGUCUAGAAGUGAAAAAUUAGGAUGUGUAAAAGCCAAGGCACAAUAAAGCCAAAGCUAAGGGAUCACAGAUGUAAUCCUAUAUCCCCUUACCUGGAAGUAAGUCUCAUUGAACUCGGCAUAUGACUAUGCUGUUAAAGACCUAGUGGCUUAAUGGGAGAAAUGUAAUGCUUAACUCUCCCAGGGUUUUGGGGGGUGUUGGCAGCAAACUUACGCUGGAGUGAGUGGAUUUCUGCUGAAGGCUGUAAGCUGAUAAUCAACACAGAUACUCUCAUGAAUAAGGGCAAUAAAAGUGAAUAUGCCCAUCAGUGGGCAAUUUGCUUUGAUUCAGAAUCGUUGUCUAUUUUAUGUAAAGAGGAUAUAUUAAAUGGUGUAUUCUCUCUAUGUUUUGCUAUGUUGCACUAUUAAGCCUGUUGAAUUUGUGGCAGUGUGUGUGUGUGUGUGUGUGUGUGUGUGUGAGAGAGAGAGAGAGAGAGAGAGAGAGAGAGAGACAGACACAGUCUUUAUUCAAAUGAAUUUUCUGAACUGUGAAGAGACAAAUAUACUGUAGUCUAUGUGUGAACAAAUCAGAAUGUAGGAAAAGCUGAAAAAUAUUUAUAAUGUGCCUUAAAAACCAUACUAUAAAGAGCUGGUGCUUUUCAAUGACUUUGCAGUGAUUUCUAGGACGUCUCGACUUUCUUUGUGAUAUUAUUAAGUGACUCUUUUACUUGGGAAAUAAAUGUCUUUAUAAAUGUUUAAAUACUAGAUUGCACAAGGACCAUUGAACGAUAAAUUGUAGGACUUUGAUGUACGGUAUCCCAAAGUGUAUAUUUAAAAAGGUUGCACAUUACCAAAAAAAGAAGAUAUAUAAUAAAGAUAACUUAUUGGAUCUA